AAAAAAGAAAGGAGUAUAUUUCAUUUAUAAAGGGAGAAGAAGAAAGACUCAAAAGAGAGAGCGAGAGAACAAAUAGAAGAAGAAGCUCUUUCUUCCCUCCCCGCGUUGAUAUAUACCCACCAGAAACAAAGGCUCCCUGUUUUCAAAUCCCUGAUUUCGAAGUCUUUCCCUCUGUAGCUGCUCUGUUUAUAAGAAGUAAUCUCACAUUCUCUUCCUCAUUAUCUUUUAUAUUCUGUCAACACCAUAUCUUUCUAACUGGGCCGGGGGGUAGAUGCUUAUGCUUAUCUAUCCGUUUUUGCAAAAGAUUAGUUCGUGAAAUCAAGGAUCUGUCCACUCAUUCUGUAUAAAACAAUGGGUGAUGGUAGUAGCCUCAAGAGAACCAAGCUUUCAUGGCCCAGAACAUUGGUUAAGAAAUGGCUCAACAUCAAGAGCAAAGCAGAAGAUUUCCACGCAGACGACAGAGACGUUUACAAAGUUUUUGCAGGUGAAGGUGGAGACUGGAAUAACAAUGUCAUUGAAAGAGAAGAAGCAUGCUCUGUUAACACGAAAAGCAACUAUGCUGAGACUCGGUGUAGAAGAAAUAAUGGAAGAGGUAGACGAAACAGACAGGAAUUAGAUUCAGCACAGCUAGUUAAACAAGUUCAUAAUCUCAGAGUUUUUACUGCUACCUGGAAUGUCGCCGGCAAAUCUCCCCCGAGUUGUCUGAAUCUCGAGGAUUGGCUCCACACCUCCCCUCCUUCUGAUAUUUACGUUCUUGGCUUCCAAGAGAUCGUUCCUUUAAACGCCGGCAACGUUUUGGGUACGGAGAACAACGGUCCCGCCAGGAAAUGGGUUUCUCUCAUCAGAAGAACCUUGAACACUCUCCCCGGGGGAAGCUGCCGGACCCCUUCCCCUGUUCCCCACCCGGUAGCCGAGCUCGACUCCGACUUCGAAGAGGCAAACUCCUCGUUCUAUAAUCGGAGGUCGUUUCAGUCACUAAGCAGAAGCCUGAGGAUGAACAACUUUGACAUGUCAGCAGCAUCCAUGCAGCCGCCACAUCUUGACCGGAGGUUUAGCGUCUGCGACCGUUUCAUGCUGGGCCACGACCAAAGCUUCGGGUAUUGCUCCUCCGAGGAGGACGAGGACAAUGUGCAGGACUCUGAUUCUCCAUCCUAUGAUCAAUAUUCUUCUACUGUCUCGAGGAGUGGGUCUUUUGUGACAGAGGAGAGAGACAAGUCUAAGUAUUGUUUGGUGGCUAGCAAGCAAAUGGUUGGGAUAUUUUUAACUGUUUGGGUGAAGAGUGAUCUAAGGGACAGUGUUAAGAACCUCAAAGUUUCUUGUGUAGGAAGAGGUUUGAUGGGCUAUCUCGGAAACAAGGGCUCGAUUUCGAUCAGCAUGUCAGUACACCAGACUAGCUUCUGCUUUGUGUGCAGCCACUUGACGUCUGGUCAGAAAGAAGGAGACGAGCUGAGAAGAAACUCCGACGUUUUAGAGAUUCUAAGGAAAACCAGAUUCCCUAGAGUGAACAACGCAGGGGAGGACAAGUCUCCUCAAACGAUUUUAGAACACGAUCGGGUAAUCUGGCUUGGAGACUUGAACUACCGUAUAGCUCUUUCUUACCGGUAUGCAAAGGCUCUUGUCGAGAUGAGAAAUUGGAGUGCUUUGCUUGAGAAAGACCAGUUGCGGUUAGAACAACGUAAAGGUCGUGUCUUUGAAGGAUGGAAUGAAGGGACCAUCUAUUUCCCACCCACUUACAAGUACUCUAACAAUUCAGAUGUAUAUGCUGGUGAUGAUCGUCUCACCAAGGCCAAAAGACGGACUCCAGCAUGGUGUGAUCGCAUACUCUGGCAUGGUAGCGGACUUAGUCAGCUUUCCUAUGUUCGCGGGGAGUCAAGGUUCUCAGAUCACAGACCAGUCUACAGUUUGUUCUCUGUAGAGAUUGAAUCGGUAUAUAGAAACUAUAAUAUCAAGAAAAGCUCUAGGAUAGAAGUUGAGGAACUUCUUCCUCAGCGGUAUGGAUACGAUGAGCUUAACCCUUACUGAUUCAUUAUCACGAGACAGGGGAGAGGAUUUCAACAUUGCUACAGCCUGAAAAAAGAAAUGGGGUUGGGAACAGGGGAAGAAGAAGAUUCGAGUGAAAAGUGAAGUGGGUAAUUAAUAUAGCUUUUUAGCUGAACAGUUCCUUAUCUUUAGGAUUAUAGAGAAUUGACCAGUUUUGUGCACUUUGAACCAUUAGUUUCUCCACAGGAUGUAGUGUAUAGAUAUGUGUUUGCAUGUACACCUUAUUGAUUCUUUUGUAAUGACCAAUGUGUAUCAAAUUGGAAAACCACACCGAUAUGAUGUUGAACGAAAAACAAAUCUAAAGUGAGGAGGGAACUAAAAGAAAGAAAAAGUCAAGCUUGUGGAACUGUAUAUAUAUUCUUGCUU